UUAAUUGGCUUGUAGCGUAGUCACAAUCACAGCGGACAUUUACCAAUCGGCAAAGACCGCAAAUGCUAUCCAACGCUGAAGAAGAGUGCAGUUGAAUUGAAAAUUGCUGGCGCGUAGUUCUUAAAUUUCGUACUUUUUCAAGUAAUAACAAUUAAUACUAGCAUAGCAAUGCUGGGUUCUAAGAGAUUUCAGUGGACUUUCGGUAUUGUUUGUAUCGUCGGAGCUCUGUUCGCUUACAGACGAAUAAACACGGUUUUCGAAGCUGAGGCGCCAAAGGUAUCACUUCAGCAAUGGUGGGGAGAUGGCGAGAAGCCGGAAGACUGGACUGCAUAUGUGAAGAACUCAUCGGAGAUUAUUACUAAUAAACUGGUAUUUCCGGAUUCGACCAUUGAUGAACUGCGUCAGCGAUUGAAUCGCACAUUACGUCUGACUGAGUCGAUGAGUCCGGAUUUUCGAAACGGUUUCAACACUCAGGAGCUAUUGAAUAUCGUCGAUUACUGGCGUGACAACUAUAUGCCACGUUGGCGUGAACGUGAAGUGUUUAUGUGGCAGUUUAACCACUUUACAACCGAAAUACAAGGCCUGCGAAUGCAUUUCUUACAUUUAAUGGUUUACGACGAGAAUAAAGUUGGCAAACAUCAUUACCCCGUACUAUUGCUGCAUGGAUGGCCCAGCUCAAUACGGGAAUUCUAUCCGCUCAUACACAAACUCCACCAAACGCAUCCAGAUAAAAAGAACGAGUACAUCUUCAAUGUGGUAGUGCCGAGUAUACCCGGUUUCGCUUGGUCACAGGGUACUUCGAGGGCAGGUCUUGGGCCCGUGCAAGUCGCCGUUAUUAUGCGCAACUUGAUGCUUCGCUUGGGCUACAGGAAGUUCCUUAUACAAGGCGGUGGUUUCGGAUCGGUAAUUGGUUCACAUAUAGCAACACUGUUUCCAGAAAAUGUUCUUGGAUACCAUUCAAAUUUAUGUACCGUAUUCACGGGGAGAUCGGUGAUUAAGGGAAUUCUAAAUGCGUUAAAGCCAAACUUUUUCUUUCGAGAUGGAUUUGAGGAGAUGUUUCCUCAUUGGGAGGUGAUAAAACGUUUAAUUGAAGAAACCGGGUACUAUCAUCUACAAGCAACAAAACCUGAUACGGUUGGUGCUGUGCUCUCCGACAAUCCCGUCGGUUUAGCCGCUUACAUAUUGGAAAAGUGGUCUUCUCUGACGAAUAAGGAUUAUAAAAAUAGUUCUAAUGGUGGCCUUCGCAAACGCUUCAAGUUGGACGCGCUUCUGGAUAAUGUAAUGAUCUAUUACUUGACUAAUUCCAUAACAACCUCUUCGCGUAUAUUCGCCGAACACCAUUCUACUGAGCAACGCGAACUGCAUAUGGAUAGUGUUCCGACGGAUGUGCCGACGGGUUGUGCACGUUUCAAACACGACCUGAUACACUUUCCCGACAACCAACUGAAGGAUAAAUAUCGGAAUUUGAUCCAUAGCACAUUCUAUAAAGAUGGUGGUCACUUUGUAGCUUUAGAAAUGCCCACAUUGUUGUACACAGACUUUAUAGCAUUCGUAAAGAAGGUGGAGAAGUUUAGUAAGCUUAAAUGAGACGUUGUUGGAAUUUAUACGAAUUUUGAUAUAAAGUUGGUUGAAUUCUAAGUUUAAAUUUUAUAAAAUUUCUGCUAUUUUCUAUUGACUCAGCCCUUUUAUAAAAUACCAAAUGUAUUAAAUGAUAAUGAACUUA